GACCAGCCACAGGUGCCCUGAGGGUGUGAGAGCAGACAAACUUCCUUCCAUAACGUGCCAAGCCCUGGGCAUUGGGCUCACUGAGGACAGCCUGGACCUACUACCUAGGAUCUUACAGAUUUGGCUUCUUCUUGAGAGGGAGCUGCCUGGUUUUCUGUAGGUCACAUGGACUUGUUGUCACAUCCUCUCAGGGACAUGGAGAUCACUGAAAACUCCCUCUGCUCCUUCUCUGCUGCUGACGACUUUUAUGAUGAUCCCUGCUUUAAUACCUCUGACAUGCACUUCUUUGAAGACCUGGACCCCAGGCUGGUCCAUGUCACUCUACUGAAGCCAGAAGACCAUCACCACCACGAGGAUGAGCAUGUCAGGGCCCCCAGUGGGCACCACCAAGCUGGCAGGUGUCUGCUCUGGGCUUGCAAAGCCUGCAAGAGGAAGACCACCAAUGCUGACCGCAGGAAGGCUGCCACCAUGAGAGAGAGGAGGAGGCUCAGCAAGGUCAAUGAGGCAUUUGAGACCCUGAAGAGGUGUACCUCUACAAACCCCAACCAGAGGCUGCCCAAGGUGGAGAUCCUCAGGAAUGCCAUCCGCUACAUAGAAAGCCUGCAGUCCCUACUCAGGGAGCAGGAUGAAAACUAUUACCCAGUAAUGGAACACUAUAGUGGGGACUCUGAUUCCUCUAGUCCACGGUCUAACUGCUCAGAUGGCAUGAUAGACUAUUCCGGGCCCCCCUGCAGCACAAGGCGGAGAAACAGCUAUGACAGCAGCUACUACACUGAGACACCAAAUGAUACGAGACCCGGAAAGAAUUCUGUCAUCUCCAGCUUAGACUGCCUGUCCAGCAUUGUGGAGAGAAUCUCCACAGAGACUCCCAGCUGCCCAGUGCUUCCUGCAGCAGAAAGUGGAUCUGAAGUCAGUCCUUGCUCGCCCCUGCAGGGGGAGACACUGAGCGAGCAGGACAUCCCUAGUAUUUCUCCCAACACCUGCACACAGAUACCCCAAGACAGCAGUUCCAUCUACCAGGUGUUAUAAUCUAUAGACUGAAGAUUAACUCAUGUAUUUCCAUCAGAAGCUUUUAUGAGAUGUCCAACUGGCCCCCAUUACUUUACAGACACCUAUUUAUUUCAUUUCCAGCCAGAGGUCAUUAACGAGAAGUUUCUACUCACUGUACAUACGAGAUUAAAUCAAAUGUCAUUAUCUUUCCUGUCUGAAGACGUCCAGAAGACAUGUUGGCAUGCUUUGGUGGACAGCAGCUGGGAACUUGACCACAAGUCCUAUAAAAUCAUAGAUCUCUGCAGCACAAGUACACUUCUUCCUCUUUUUGAACAUUUGGGGUGGGCAGGGGGAUACAUGAAGGAUUAGUAUAUCCCCUUAGCCUCCUACCUUUGGUUUGCAGACUGUGCCUACAUUGCUGUGGAUGGUCACUGUGCUGAAUAAGGCAAUAUAAGGUUGUGGACCAUUUUUGUAAGAAUUUUAUAUAUAAAUAUAAUUGUAAAUAAGAAUCGUCAUGCCUAAUUAAAUGUUCAGUUAUUUAAUGUUGCUUCGUUGUGUUGUGCUAAAUGCUAACUUUAUAUAUUUAUACAGUGUGAAUGCCAAGGAUGUUUUCAAUAGUAUUCUAAAUAAAGAACCUUAUUUAUAAAA